AUGUCAAAUAAAUAUUCACUUCAUAUGUCUCUAUCUCAAUCCUCAUCAACCAUAACAGAUACAAAAGAAUAUAUAUUUUAUUUAACAUUAAUGAAAAACAUACCUAAUCACGCCGAUUCAAAUCACACUGAUACAAAAGCCAACAUUUUUUCAUCACCAACACUAUCGUUUAACUCAUCACCAAGUUUAAAUAGUAAUAACAAUUUUAUUCAAAACGCUUGUAGUGAUAUAAAAAAUAUUAAUAUUGGAAACUAUAACACUACCAAUCUCAAUAACAACGAAGAAAAAUAUAAUAGUACACCACAAUUCAACAGAAAGAGAAAAAUGUCAUCCCCAACCAGUUCUCCAUCCAUUUCAAGACAAAAGGUUUCUUCGACCUACUUGAACAAGCACGACUUGCCCGAUGAUAUUACACCAUUCAUUGCUAAGGAGUCUUCAAACACCGAAAGUGAGUUCAAGCCAAUUCCAACAUUGUUUGACGAUUUAGACUUUUCUAAACAUCACACCCUUUUGAAUUCUCCGUCAUCUGCAGAGUCAACUCCAAGAUUCCACAUGAACGAAGUAAAAGAAGAGCAAAACUUUAUGUCAUCUUCCCCAAUCGACACUUUCAACUUGAAUCUCACUUCCUCAUCAACAUCAACUACUUCCACUGUAUCUUUUAAUGGAUCGAACAACAACAACAACAAUGGUAUUCAAUUCGACAACAAUAUCAAUACCAAUAAUUAUAACAUUAGUAAUAAUCAAUUCAAUCAAAACAAUAAAACAAUAAAUAGUAAUAAUAACAACAACAACAAACCAACUAGUAAUACCCAACUUUGGCAAUCAUCAUCGGGUCUCAAUACUAAAAUUGAUCUAUUCGAAGGUCAAUCGCAAUUGGUCGAUUCACUUUCACUCAUGGUUUCACCACCAAGAUUAGAAAAGAUGUCGAUCAGCGAUUUGGAGAAUGAGAACCUAAAGAUGGAGUUGGCCGAGAGAAUAAAGAAAGCAAAGGAGCUCCAACACAGUCUUGAACUCGAGAGAGCACUCAUGUUUGAGCCAAGAUGUCACUGUGUCCACUGUCAUAAUUACAAACAACCAAUGAUUACACCAGACAAUAUGAGUCAAAAGACUCUAUUUGAAUUAAAAUCUGCUUUAAAAACAUUUAGAGAUGGAGAUUUCUCAAUUAGAUUAUCUUCAACUGGAUGCUCUGGUAUCGGUAAAGAUAUUAUUGAAAUGUUUAAUGAUGCUGUGGCACUGUGCGAUUCAAUGGCCAAGGAGUUUACUCGUGUCGGAAAUCAAGUCGGUAAAGAAGGUAAUACCAUGGACAGAGCACUCUUGCCAGAGGCCAAUGGAAGCUGGAAAUUUUGUAUCGAUCUCGUCAAUACUUUGAUUGGUGACAUGGUCCAGCCAACUGAGGAGGUUGUAAGAGUCAUCGGUUCAGUAGCCAAAGGUGACUUGUCACAAACCAUCAAGAUGGAGUAUGGCUCUGGAAAACAAUUACGUGGUGAAUUCCUAAGAAUUGCCAAAGUCGUAAACACCAUGGUUUCCCAAUUGAAGAGUUUCAGUUCUGAGGUAACUCGUGUAGCUCGUGAAGUAGGAACUGAAGGUAAACUCGGUGGUCAAGCCGUGGUGCCUGGUGUCGAUGGAAUCUGGAAGGAUCUCACUGACAAUGUAAAUACAAUGGCUUCCAAUCUGACUAACCAAGUGAGAGCUAUCGCCAAUGUAACUACAGCCGUAGCCAGUGGUGACUUGUCCAAGAAGAUCACAUUGGAUGUCAAGGGUGAAAUCCUCGAGCUCAAGAAAACCAUCAAUACUAUGGUUGACCAACUCAAUUCAUUCGCGUCAGAGGUAACUCGUGUCGCUCGUGAAGUAGGAACCGAAGGUAAACUCGGUGGACAAGCUCAGGUCAAGGGUGUCGACGGUGUCUGGAAGGAUCUAACCUACAAUGUAAAUACAAUGGCGGCCAAUCUCACUGGACAAGUAAGAGCAAUUGCAGAAGUCACUACAGCCGUAGCUUGUGGUGAUUUGUCCAAAAAGAUAACCAUUGACGUGAAAGGUGAAAUUCUCGAGCUGAAGAACACUAUCAAUACUAUGGUUGACCAACUCAAUUCAUUCGCGUCUGAAGUAACUAGAGUGGCACUGGAAGUAGGUACCGAAGGUACGCUGGGAGGCCAAGCGCAAGUCAAAGGCGUUGACGGUGUCUGGAAAGACCUGACCUACAAUGUAAAUAUAAUGGCUGCCAAUCUAACGGAUCAAGUGAGAGAGAUUGCUUUGGUAACUACAGCUGUGGCUACCGGUGAUCUUUCAAAGAAAAUCAAUCUCGAUGUCAAAGGUGAGAUCUUGGAACUCAAGAACACUAUCAAUACAAUGGUUGACCAGUUGAAUUCGUUUGCAUCAGAGGUAACUCGUGUCUCUAGAGAAGUAGGUACCGAAGGUAAACUUGGUGGUCAAGCACAAGUCAAAGGUGUUGGUGGUGUGUGGAAAGACCUAACCUACAAUGUAAACACAAUGGCUGCUAAUCUCACGGGCCAAGUAAGAGCUAUCGCCGAAGUCACUACAGCCGUAGCUUGUGGUGACCUGUCCAAGAAGAUUACUGUAGAUGUGAAUGGUGAGAUUCGUCAACUCAAGGAAACUAUCAAUACUAUGGUUGACCAGUUGAAUUCCUUCGCAUCUGAGGUAACUCGUGUCGCUCUUGAAGUAGGUACUGAAGGUAAACUCGGUGGUCAAGCUCAGGUAAAAGGUGUUGGCGGUGUCUGGAAAGACCUAACCUACAAUGUAAAUACAAUGGCUGCAAAUCUCACGGGCCAAGUAAGAGCUAUCGCCGAAGUCACCACAGCCGUAGCUAGUGGUGACCUGUCCAAGAAGAUCACACUCGAUGUCAAGGGUGAGAUUCUCCAACUCAAGAUGACUAUCAAUACAAUGGUUGAUCAGCUAUCUACCUUUGCAGCAGAGGUAACUCGUGUCGCUGGUGAAGUAGGUACUGAAGGUAUACUCGGUGGUCAAGCCGAAGUAAAAGGUGUUGGCGGUGUCUGGAAGGAUCUAACCGACAAUGUAAAUACCAUGGCUGCUAAUCUAACCGGUCAGGUUAGAGCCAUUGCCGAAGUCGCCAAGUCUGUAACCAAAGGUGACUUUACCAGAGUCAUCUCUGUAGAAGCCAAGGGUGAAGUCAAUAUCCUCAAGGCAAUCAUCAACGAAAUGAUUCACAAUCUCAAAGAAACAACCAUCAAGAAUACUUUGGCCAAAGAAGCUGCCGAGGCUGCCUCAAGAGCCAAGUCAGAUUUCAUGGCAAAUAUGUCUCACGAGAUUAGAACUCCAAUGAAUGGUAUCAUUGGUAUGACCGACCUCACAUUGGACACUGAAUUGAAUGCUGAGCAAAGAGAGUAUCUUACUAUGGUACAAUCAUCUGCUGCAUCACUUCUUACUAUCAUCAAUGAUAUUCUAGAUUUCUCAAAGAUUGAAGCAGGUAGACUUGAAUUAGACAAGAGUGACUUUUCUUUAAGAACCAUCCUUUAUGAGACUCUAAAGACAUUGGCAUGGAGAUCUCAUCAAAAGGGAUUGGAAAUUAUCUGUGAUAUCAUUCCAGAUACUCCUGACCAUUUGAUUGGUGAUCCAGGUCGUCUUCGUCAAAUUGUUACCAACUUGGUUGGUAAUGCCAUCAAAUUCACUGCUGAAGGUGAAGUCUCCCUCACUGUCAAGUUGGAGGACAUUACCAAUGGUGAAGUAACUCUGGCAUUCUCAGUGGCCGACACCGGUAUUGGUAUCCCUGCCGAGAAGUUGCAUUUGAUCUUUGAGGCUUUCUCACAGGCCGAUGGAUCAAUAACCAGAAAGUAUGGUGGUACCGGUCUUGGUUUGACUAUCUCCACUCGUUUGGUCGAACUCAUGGGUGGUAAACUCAAGGCAGAGUCCAUUCCAGGCAAAGGCAGUCGCUUCGACUUCAUUGCCAAGUUCCCAUUGGGACAAGCACCAACCGAGAACUCCAAGAUCAUGCUCAAGGAUGUCAACACCCUGAUUAUCGACGAUAACAAGUCGACAAGACGUGUGUUACACCAGAUGCUCUCAGAGUAUGGUGUGUCAGCUGACACUACCGACAGUCAAGACUCUGCAUUCCACAUGCUAAGAGAAGCCGCCAUGAAGAAACAACCCUACGAGUACAUCUUUAUGGACGCUCAACUCAACGGAAAGGAUGGAUUCUUAGUUGCCGAGGCAAUUAAGCAGGAUCCAUCUUUUGGACAGGCUUCAAUCAUCAUGUUGAUUUGCGGUAGCGGUCAACGUGGUGACCCAGAGAACAGAAGCUCAGUCAUCUCUGGUUACCUCUCAAAGCCCGUCUCCCCAGUAGAGAUGCUCGAAGUCAUUCAAUGCAGUACCAAACCAUUGAUCAAACAACUUCAACAGAUCACACGCGAUACACCUCAGCCUGCACCAAUCCAAUCUGAGAUCUUGUUGGCUGAGGACAAUGUCGUUAAUCAAAGACUUGCCAUUCGUCUGCUCGAGAGAUUCGGUCAUAAAGUUACGUUGGCAGAGAACGGUCUCCAAGCAGUGGCAGCAUCGGAAAUGAAAGACUUUGAUCUCAUAUUGAUGGAUGUCCAAAUGCCGCACAUGGGUGGAUUCGAAGCGACCAGUACCAUACGUAUUCGUGAGAAGGUCAUGAACAAGCAUACUCCUAUCAUAGCAAUGACUGCACAUGCACUGCAGAAGGAUAAGGAAAAGUGUCUCAAUGCCGGAAUGGACGACUACCUCUCGAAGCCAAUCAAUCCCGACCAACUCAGAGCGGUCAUAGAGAAGUACCUCGGCAAUCCACCACCGGUACAGCCACCCGCUUCUCCACCGACCGAUUCGAAUCUCAGUGUAAAGGCACAGCAGUUUCUCCAAGAGUACCAAUGUAUCAUGGACGAAGUGAAUCGAGCGAUCAACUCAAACAAUCCUGACAAGCUAUGCAGUGAGGCACGAAGACUCCGCUUCUACGUAUCACACUUUAGCUCCGACAUUGAGCGUGUCAUCCGCGAAUUAGAGACCAUCUCUAAGGACUAUAGAGACCUAGAGAAUGCACGAUCAAUUAGAAAGAGAAUAGAAGCAGAGAUCAACAGACUGAUACCGAUCAUUACAAAUCUUGCAAAAUCAACAAAGAAUUAA